AGUUGCCCAAUCAAAAAUGAUCAUCCAAAAAUUAUGACCCCCAACAAUUUUUAACAUAAAAAAAAUAUAUCCUGCAGCCAGAUGGAGAUGAGCCACCAACCGCAAGAGAGACAAGUGGGAAACGGAAAGAAACGAAAAGAACAGAAAAUAAAGAAAAGGAAAGAAAAUAUUUGUCCUUCUGGUCUUGGUAACCAAACAACUCCAAGUUGUUUCCUGAUUCACCUUCGCAGUCCACUCCAGUCUAGCUAGACCCCAAUUUCUGGGCAUUAAAUCCCCAACAAACCAUGAAUUCUAAUCUGGGUUUGAUCGCAUUUUCUCUCUUUUUUUGUGCAAUCUCUGCAACUUCGUUAUCAUCUUCAUCCCCUGAAUUACCCUCAGUGUACGAUCUCCUCCCGCAGUUCGGCCUCCCGAGCGGUCUCUUACCCGAUUCGGUUGUUUCUUAUGCACUCGCCGACGAUGGAAGCUUCGAUGUCGAGCUAGAAAAGACCUGUUACAUCAAGUUCGAUUACUUGGUUUACUACGAGAAGAAGAUCACCGGCAAGCUGCGAUACGGGUCGAUCACUGAUCUCCACGGCAUUCAGGUCCAAAGGUUUUUUAUUUGGUUCGAUGUCGAUGAGAUCAAGGUCGAUCUGCCGCCUUCCGAUAGCAUUUAUUUUCAGGUGGGUCCGAUCAACAAGAAGCUCGAUGUUGACCAGUUCCAGAAUGUCCAUUCUUGCCGUGAUGGGGUUUCAGGUUCAUGCGAUCAAUCUUCGGAGCAAACCCAUGAGCCACAGCUAGUGGUUCCCAUGGAUGAAAUUCAAAUGCUACUCACAGAGUAGAUACAUUGAUGGAUGUUUCUGAUACUUUAGAGAGCAACAGUUGGAGGCAUUAUCCAACUUCUAGUAUUCUUGUGCUAGUAUGUACUUUGUACUUUCUGAAUCGCUACAGGAAUGGUGAAAUACUGUAAGUAUGAAUUUAUUAUGCAAGGACAUAUUGUCAAGCUCGAGUCCUUGAUGUACUACUACUGUGUUGUCUCCCUGUUGUAUAAAGAAAAAACUCAGGUUUGAGUAAACAGUUUGGCAUCAGCAAUGCAAUUGUGGAUUCACCAGCUGGUUUCAGCUGUGGAUUCGUGGGGAACCUUCGCUAGUUAA